GGGGGCUGCAGCCGCCGCCGGAGCUUCCCGCAAAAUGUUUUUAACAACAAUCUUACUGCGAAAGAGAAUUCCUGGAAAGCAAUGGAUUGGGAAGUACAGGCGACCAAGACAGGUUACCAUUUCGAUGAAGCAAGCAAUGAUCCGAAGGUUGGAAAUUGAAGCAGAGAAUGAAUACUGGCUCAGCCAACCUUACCUGACACAGGAACAGGAAUACAAACACAACGCAGAAGAGAGGCGUGCCAAGUGGGAAGCUUUCAAAAGCCUGAAACAAGCCAAGUUUCCUGAGCACAGAUACAUCAGCGAUCAUUUAAACCACUUAAAUGUGUCAAGGAAGUGGACAUGUUGAACAAUACAGCGUAUUUCUAUUCGGCACAUGUCAUGCACUACUCUGGGAUCUGCUGUCAUACCUGUUACUGUAAUUCACUGUAAUUAGGGUGGGUGACAAAUGAGACUUUGCUGUGGUGUACAAAAUACUACAUUAAAAGUAGCUCUGUGGAACAGUG